CAAUAUGGCGGAUGGUAAAAACACUCUGACAUCUGCAGGGUAGGGAUUAUUCUCUCCUGCAUACCGGUGUUGAAGAGUUAUUAUUGAAUUGAAUUGACUUUUUCUCACAUAUCAAGGGGAUUAUUUCCAUUUUUUACCGGUGGAAUUGUUGUCGCGCAUAUACAGAACUGGUAACUCUCGAUGAACUCGAGGACUAUCAUCAACUGGAGGGAAUUUUCUGAUGUUUACUGCACCGUGUAGAGCCAUGAACGUGUGAUUAAUUCGACAGUUUUGAGCUCGUUUAAUAUUAUUGGAUAAAACCAGAAUUAUCCAGAGGUGGAAAUAACUUUUGAAGGAUGGAUGGCAGUAAAGUUGAAGAGGACAACCACCAGCGGAUCAACGAUGGCGAUUGGGUCUGUCCAGAUUCCCAAUGUGCCAACAUCAAUUUUGCCAGGCGAAGCUCUUGCAAUCGAUGCGGAAAAGACAGGGGCGAGUCCUCGAAGAAGAAAAAAUUGGGACAGGAGAUAGGGAAAGUAGCUGCUGAAAAAAGCAGAGGUCUGUUCAGUGCUGACGAUUGGCAAUGCAGUAAAUGUGGGAAUGUCAAUUGGGCACGACGACAACAGUGUAACAUGUGUAAUGCACCGAAAUUCGGUGAAGUAGAAGAAAGAACUGGAUAUGGCGGUGGAUAUAAUGAUCGAGGAGUGGUGGAGUAUAAGGAGCGAAGGGACGAUGAUGAUGACGAGUAUGACGAGUUUGGCAGGCGAAAGAAGAAGAGAAAAAUGGAUAGAUCAGACGAUGACUCCAAGGAGUCAUCCAAGUACAGUAGUCCACCUCGAAAAAUAAGUUCUGAGGAUAAGUUUGGAGGAACUGAUGAUCCUGUGGUACAUGGGGAUGCUAAAAAUCAUUUUGAUGGCAAUGAGGAUUCAGAAGUCAAGCGAGGCGACGAAGACGAGGAAGAAGCAGGAGACGAUGAGGAGGACGAUGAGGACGAUGGUGAUGGAGAUUUAUCAAAAUAUGACCUCAGUGAAUGGGACGAUUAUGUACCUGAGAAGAAAAGGUGAAAGUCGUUCUGUGAACAACCAUGAGUUUGGAAGCUCGAUAACAGUCAACAAUUGCGCAAACACGUUUAGUUACUUUCCAAAGUUAUAUCUAGAUAAUUACGAGUAUUUGAAAAACACUUGAAAAUGCCUAGAGCUCGACGAGACAGUGAGAAACAUCCGCAAUAGAGUUGUGAACGUUACAAUCUGGGCUAAUGAAUGUAGCUGUUGAAGUAUUUAUAGAUUUCGAGGAAACUCAAGAAAAGAAAAAAAUAUAACAAUUAUGGCGCUUCCUUCAUUGGCUCAAUGCUUUAUCGGCUCAUCUGAUUUUUCAGAAUAUAAUUGUUCACGUUAUUUUAGAAUCAGAAAAUUAUCAGUAACAAAAAUGUGCAGAACAAGGCGAUUUUCACAUCUUUAUUAAUAUUGAAUUAUCUCGAUACUGAGUCGAUUUAGGGGAAAAUGUCAUGAAACAUUUGUUAUAACAAAUUUAAUUCACCACAAAAAAGAUCUCAUGACAUUUUCUCCUGAAUUCACUCGUUUGUGAGGUAAAUUGCACAAUUAACAAAAAUGUCGAACUUGACACUGAUGUGAGGGGGAAUAAAAUGGGCCUUUUUUCAUCGGAAAUCGUCUAAAUGGAUUUUAAUUAUUGAUAAGGUUUCGAUAAAUAGCGUAGAUAGGAAAAUUGUUUUCUAAACGAUUUUCGUAGAGGAAUUUGAGAGCCACAUAAAAGUUUUCCAUAUCAAUUACGAUAUGUUCUUUAGGUUCUGAUAUAUUCCUCGAAAACUACCGCAGCAAUAUUACUGCUGUCAAGAUAUCGAUGCAAGAAGAUCAAUUUUACCUCCCCUCCCCGUAACCACAAAUUCACUGAUAUCUCCCCUGAUACCUGUGAAGCACAGCAAAAUAAUUAGGAAAAUGUAUCUAUGUGCGCUUUCGUAAGAUAAAAAAAAUAUUGCUCAUUUCACUUGAACUAAUUCAAGAGUAGAAAAUUGAUCAAUACUAAACUUAUAAUGACAUAUGGAUAUACAUUUUGCAGUAGACUAUACCUCUAACGAGAUAAAAAGAAAAGCAACAAAAAGUGAUUUCGAGAGCCCUGCGAAGUAUUGCAUAAAAAGAAAAGUAAAAAAAAAUGUUUUCACGUACUGAUUUUUCUUGUAAAUAUCUUUAUUUUAUUUCAUUCAUAAUAAAAAUCAUUCAUCAACAACAUAAUUGUUCUUAUUCAAUUAAUUUUUAUUACUAUAAUUAAUUAUUUUAUUCAAUUUUUCUUAUAGGAUUAUUAAAUGGGCUAAGUGAAGUCAUGAUUAUGCACAGAGUUGGUCACAAAGUAUUUUUUUCAUUUACGUUUUUCUCAUCUCUUUAUUUGUUUUUAUUUUAAAAUUUGUGUUUAAAUUUUUCAUCUUCUGAGGAAGGAAAAUAAUGGGAGAAUGGAAAUUAUUAAUUAAGAAGUUAUGCUCAAUUGGAUGCUUAUAAGUAUAACUCGAAUAUAUGUACAAAUAUGAAUUUGAGCUUUUUGUGACUGCGUCUUUUUUUUUAAAAAGUUAUUUUGUCGAGUUUUUCUUUUAUUUCACAAUAGUGACAACGGAAGAAUAAAUUACCGUUAAACAUAUUUAUUUAUGUUGUUUUGGUGGACAGUUGAGGCCGCAUUCACCACCAAGACAAAUGUCUCGAAAAUUUCCAUUAGCAUCGACUACGCUGGAGGUCUUUCACAUGGAACGGUACCACUCGUAACAAUAAAUGAAUAAACAUUCCGUAAAAUAAUUUCCAAUAAUCGGUUAUCCCUCAGUAUUAUCAUUUUGCAACAACACCCCUCUCACAUACGACUAUUCCUGGCCCAAUAGGGAGUUUGAGUUGUACUACAAAGAGGAGAAUGAAAGGAAUUAAAAACAACCUGAUUUUACACAAAUAUUUACAUCAUUCUUUCGUUCCUUAUUUUCUUUCAUUUUUUUUUUUUCAUUUUGUCAAUCAAUAAUUUACACUCAUCGCACCGGCAAAAAUUUCGGUUAAUUCAUUUCACUUUUUUUCUCGUAAUUAUCUCAUUUCAUUUAAUUUCAUACAAAGUUAUAUAUUGCACGGAGAAUUGUUUCUGCAAUUGGAAAUUCAAAAAAUACGAAACAAAGACAUUGAUGGACGACAGAAUUUGACAAACUGCCCUUUUAUCUCAUAAAAAUUUUACAAGAAAAAUAAUCAUAGUAGAAAAAAUGUAAAUUCGGGAGUGAAGUGGCUCGGUCGAUAUUUGAUUUUAUUUUGAAAAUAAAUCGAUUCAAGAGUUGAACAGGACGAAAU